AUGGAAGGGAAGAACACUAGCAAUAUCCAAGAAUUGGAGUACGAUCCUCUUGGGCGAACACCAUUGCAAGUUGGCAUCGAAGUUACUAUUGCAGUUUUAAUAUGUAUCGCCUGCAUUGUCGGCAACUCCUUAGUUGUGGUCACCAUUCAUAGAAAUCCUCGUCUCAACUCCAUCACUAACAUGUUGGUUGAGAACCUUGCGUGGACAGACAUCAUCAUGGCAACGCUGCACCUGCCAUUUUGGAUAGCAAGCAUGCGCAGUGGUCAGUGGUUAUUUGGUCACUUGGCUUGCAAGUUUGUUGGCUUUUCUGAGCUAGUCUUUGGCACAGCGUCGCUACAAACAAUGGCAGGAAUUGCAGUUAAUCGAUAUUUCAGCGUCGUGAAAAGAAAUUAUUUUGUAAAAUAUUUUUCAGACCGUAAAACAACGUAUGUGAUUAUUAUUGCCACAUGGGUUUUUCCCGUCCUUGUAUGCAGUCCGCCUCUGUAUGGCUGGGGAACUAUAGAGUUUAGUGGCAAGUUCACUGAUUGCACCAUGGGAUGGUACGUGAAGGAUAUCUCCUACAUUACAUUUUUACUAACGGUUGCAAUUUUUAUAACAAUGAGCAUCAUAAUCUACUGCUAUUUCACCAUAUUCAGAUUUGUAAGACAAAGCUCCCGCCAGGUUCAAACUUAUAACAGGUUAAGAGAUAAACUCUAUCAUCAGAAGGAAGCAAUGACGGAAAAAGAGAAGAAGAUAAUCAGAGUUUUCGUGGCUGUAGUUUGUGUGUACACUUUGUGCUGGACACCAGUUUGUGUUGUCGGUUUUUGUGAAGUGUUCGGCCACGCAGCCCCCCGUUUUGUUUACAUCAUUGUUUAUUACAUGAUGUUUUCAAGCAGUUUUUGUAAUCCGAUAAUCUACGGCGCGUUCAAUCCACAGUUUAGGAUGGCUUUCAAACGAGUACAUGCUUCCUUGCAUAUAUCAGUGGAUAAACCUUCAAGAAGGUCAAAUUCAGCCCGCGGGGAGCCCAGUGGGAAUGAUCUGAUCUGGGCGAGA